AUGGCAUCCAAACCCACAGUCAUCAUCAUCGGCGGCUCAUUCGCAGGACUGGGUGUUGCCAAAUCCCUGUUGACAGAACUGCCGUCAGUUAAAGUGAUCCUGAUCAACCCUUCCGAGAAGGCCUUUUUUUACCUCAUUGACAUAAAGGACACUUUCCAAAAGUACCAGUCCAGCAGGUUCGAGUUCGUGCAGGGUUCGGCGACCACGAUUGACCCCACUUCGAAAACCGUGUCCGUCUCAGAUACGAAUGAGACUCUUCACUACGAUAUUCUGGUCAUCGCCUCAGGCAGUACCACAGCUUCGGCAAUUGGGAAGGAUAGUGCUGUGGUACUUUUCAAGUCAGCGAACACCGAUGAUAUCCAGAGCUUGAUCCGAUCCGGCCAGGAAGAAAUUGCGAGCGCGAAAACGUUUCUUAUAAUAGGUGGUGGGCCUGUUGGGGUAGAGUUCGCUGGGGAGCUUGCAGAGGCUGUCCAGGGCAGGGCCGGCGCCAAAGUGACCUUGGUUACCCAGUCUGAUCGUCUUCUUUCCCCAUUGAAGGAGGCCGCGUCUACGAAAGCAAGAGGUCUCUUGGAAGAUAAGAAUAUUAGCGUCCAGACUCAACGCAAGGUACUGCACGUCGCGCAAGACUCGAUCACCAAGAAAUGGACUGCUACAUUUGAUGGUGGCGAUAAACUCACAGUGGAUCUUUGCAUCUCAACGACUGGGGUUUUGCCGAACAAUUCAUUCAUCCCUGCUGAAUUUCUCUCCGAGAGUGGCUGGGUGAAAGUCAACGAUGCAUUCAAGGUGCAGAAUGGCACCAACCAAACAGUAGAUUCUGUCUACGCUGUGGGAGACAUCACAACAUAUCCAGACCGUCUGGCCUCCAAGAUUCGGGAACAGGUCCCCAUCGUCACAGCGCAUAUCAAGGCUGAUAUCGCGGGCAGCGGUGCGCGGCCCACAUACGCAGCGAAUGGCUCCCUGAUGAUGCUAGUGCCUGUCGGUAGAUCCGGUGGUACUGGACAGCUGUUUGGCUGGGCUCCCUGGAGUUGGCUCGUGUCUAGGAUUAAGGCCACGUGGAACCUGAUAGCCCAGACAUACGUGAAUCUGCGGUACACGCAUGCGCCCAAUGUAAAGCAAGUAAAAAAAAGUGCGACAAAGCGCUACCUUCCUGCAACCGAUGUUCUAGGUUCGGUGCUCCCUGAGUCCCUGUAUCCCCAAGUCCCACCGGAAACUUAUGCCGUCUUCGAUCGCCUGGACAGACUGGAAGAAAAUGUUUUUGCACCCACCGCGGCCACCAAUGCCUCACCAGCCCUUCGUAUGACCUUAGCUGCUAGACCAAAGGUCCCGGAAGCAGAUAAAUGGCAACUAUCUCCUCAACUACUCCAGCCUUCGUAUCUGGGUAUGAUUGCCGGGGGAAGCGUCUUCAGAAUAUUAGAAGAGAAGGACAUGACGAUGCAGGGGUUAGUUCAUAAGUACUUCGACACAAUACACAAUUAUAUGCCCAUUAUGUCUAAGGUUAAGCUUAACAAGCAAAUCCAGGAGCUUGAGGGUUUAAACUCCAAAAGCGCGUUCAUGGUUUUAAUCUUGGCUAUUCUUCUUCUCACCGAGCAUCCGCCAGCUGACUCCGAUGGUGCACUUGGUUUAUCAGAACUCUACCAAGUUUGCAAGUACCACUUCUCUUUGUUUAUGUCACUGAAAGAGCCUUCCAUUGAACUGAUACAAGCUGGACUUUGCAUCACACUAUAUGAAUAUGUACACGGCAUCCCUGAACGUGCCUAUGUCACGAUUGGGACGUGUGCCAGGAUGGUUAGCGUCCUCAGGCUUCAUUCCAAUGCAAAUAGCGCGCCUCAAUCUGCCUUAACAGAAGACUGCUUUGACGAAAACGCACAUGUUAUUUCGGCAAUGCAUCUGCUGAACAGGCACAUUUGCCUCAGCUUUACGAUGCUCGGCAAGCAUCUCAACUCUGAAUAUUCACCUAUUAUAGAGGCCCGGGAGCCUCCCAUGACCUCAGUCAUGGGACGGGCAGUGAACGCCCUCAGCCGUGAAGCCGAAGGAUGUCGAAUACUAUGUCGUCUCCAACAGAUCAUUCAUGAAGACAUUCCAGCAUGUGGGCCUGGAACGUCCUGGCCCACUCAGUUAGAUCGAGUUAUUGCUCUGGAUACCGAAUUGCAGAACAUGAAAUUAGGGUUCCAAGACUACAACGACUCCUCCACUUGGCGAGGCGAUUUUGCAGCAUAUGCCGUAGCCUCCCUUUUCAUGUUAAAUCUUGUCAGCCAACAGGAAGAAAUACUGCCUGUCACUGAAUGCUUCGGCCAGCGCCAUAUGGAAAUCCUGACCUCCAUUGAGAUGCUGAUGAAGAUGGUGAACAGUCAACUCAGUGAGGCCGUGACCACUGGGUAUAAUGCUGAUUUCCUGACA